UAUGAGAACGUGUGUGUUUGUGCGUCAUAUUUUUGGUGGUGGGGGGGGCGGGGUGUGACUUUUCUACGACGCAUGAUAUGCGUCAUAGAAAUGCGUGAAAACAAAAAGUGUUGCAUUUAUUUAAAAAAAAAAAACUUUUAUUUUAGAAAGGUUUUUUUUUUUUUUUUUUUUAAACAAACCCUUUUUGCAGUUUUUAAGAUUUGUCUUUUUUUCCUUUUCUUCUUGUUUUUUUUUUUUAUUGUACAGGGACUCCACACAGAGACACGGGGUGUGCGCGUUGCAUGGCCGGAUACUACGCAGCCGGAAACACGCCGUGCGUUCCACACACACAGUGCAAAUCAGAAGAGACGCUUCUGUUCUCCGGCACCAGCUCUGUGGACAACGUUUGUGUUAGCUGCAACAGUAUCACACGGGAUGUUUAUCCUCACCGUUUUAGUGCUAUACAGCAGCACAGCAUCCUUGGUGAUCGCUCAAAAUGAGAGCACGUACCAACACAAGCUUCCCUCCGGCAAGAUCGUAACGUGCGACCGCUGCCCUCCAGGUUUCCAUCUGCAGAAGUACUGCACAGACACGCAGCGUACUGAGUGCCGGCCGUGCGACGCAGGAUUCUACACCGAGUUCUCAAACUACAUCUAUGACUGUCUGCCAUGCGACUGGUGUUCUUCAGAUCAGACCGUGGCACAGGAGUGCACGAGGUCCAGUAACCGUGUGUGUGAGUGCAAGGAAGGCUUUUACUGGAACUCGCACUUCUGCCAGCAGCACACGGUGUGUCAGAAGGGAUACGGAGUCAAAGUAAACGGGACUCCACACAGAGACACGGAGUGUGAGCGUUGCACGGCCGGAUACUACGCAGCCGGAAACACGCCGUGCGUUCCACACACACAGUGCAAAUCAGAAGAGAAGCUUCUGUUCUCCGGCACCAGCUCUGUGGACAACGUUUGUGUUAGCUGCAACAGUAUCACACAGGAUGGUGUGGUAAAACUCCUCAAGCAGCAGGUCAUAGAAAUCUUCAAGAAUCAGAAUACUCGAAAGCUAUAUCGUAUCUGUAGGAACUUAAAUGUAAAGGAUGGUGGAAUUCAGUCCUCCAGAAUUCAUGACCACUGUAUUCAGAAUCUGCAGCGGUGGCUUAACGAGGCUACAGAGCAGGAGGUCUUCAGCCUUCCCGAUAUGCUGCACAGGCAUGAAGUUAUAGCCAAGAACAUCAAGGACAGCAUUAAGAGGAUCCAUGAUGAAAUCAAUCUGUGCACAAACACUUUGCUUUAAUUGAUCUUCAAAGCCCCCAUGUGCAGCUUAUUUCAUUACACGUGUAUAUUUAUGAAUAAACAAAUAGUCCAAACUUGAAGUGGAACCUACAACUCUUCAGAUUAAUAAGAGUGUGCAUGAGACAUUCUGACUCAGCGUUACACUGAGGGGUAGAGUUAAAAGGCUUUAGAUUAGAUGUUUUACAGAAAAAUCUUAAAAUCAUUAAAAAAAAAUUCAGUGCCUUUUUAUUUUUUUAGUUUGUUUGUAAUUUGCCUAGUUUGUUCCAAGAUGAUGAUGUAUGUUUUGUUUUUGCUUUUUUAACACAUGUUUAUUAUUAGAAGUAUUUUUUAAAUGUCUACAUUUUACACUGUUUUUAUAAAAAUUUCGAACUGCCUGUCAGGUGCUAGAGAUCUAGAUGCCUCACAGAGUCUCUCUGUUACAUCAUGUUGUACAGAUAAAACAUAAGUGAGCAGCU